UCGCCGCCAGUGCGGCGAGUUUCGAAACAUUCAGUGUAUUUGUUAUUCCUGUUCUGAACGUUUUACGGCUGGAGGUGUUCCGAGACAGCACGCACUAGCAGCGCGGCACAGGAAAGCAAACGAGAGAAGAAAAAAUAUACUGUCAGACAAACAACUGCGAGGCAAUGCUGCCAUUAUGCUAUUGAAAACUGAAGGGAAAAAUCGAAAAACAACAUAAUCUUGAGCAGUAGAUAAACUAUCGUUUGAAUAUCAAUCAAUUUGUGUUAGAUAAACUGUACACAAAAUUGAGUUUCCCUCUCAAGUGGAAAAUAGUACAAAAUUACACAAACGUUAGUCACAUUCAAAUGGCAUCACUGCAUCUGAAUGUGUGUGCGAGACUAUCAAACACAACUAACAGAAGAUGAAUUAAAAAAGUGUUGAUUUCUUUACGUUUCUCCUUUCCACUAUUUAAAAUCUCACAUUUUUUAUUCUGAGCUCAACACGCACCAAAACGCGCGAUAAUUGUUUAUGUUACAACUAAAAAUAUACGAACUUCUUCGCCUCUUCACCCUGCUUCCGAGUGCUGCCUUCAUCUCAGCAGCAUUGCUCCAACUAACAUGAUCUGGUUUUAAAUUUUGGUUACUUCUCCAAGUAUACUAGUCUUCCUGUAAUAAAUAAAUUUUACUACCGUUUAUGUGGCACAAGCUUGUCAUGACACCUGAUCGGUAGAACAGCUACCUCACACGUGUACUGGAGUCAAGGUAUUCCGAAUUGUCUCCUACGACGAACCACAAAGACUGUCGUGCAGACAAAAGUGUGUCUAUGUGUCCAAAUCAUACGGAAGAGGUUUGGUCAGACCAUUGAAAUUUUGCCAUCAACGCGGCGGCAUCAGUGGCCAAUUCACCUACAACAAAGUCAUCAUCCGCAGCGGUAUCGUCGACAACGGUCAACUCACACUUACAUCCAAAUUGAAAAAAAAAAGUACACGAAGAAGAGGAAAAUAAACAGGUUUUAAUCGAGAGUGCUACGAAAAGCCCAGAAAUCAGAAGAAGACUAAGCCGUCGUUGAAGAAUAAGUCAAGUUUUACACAUGAAAAGCGCCGACAAAUCCGAGAAGAGAUUGUGUGGACGCGGUAGCAAGAAAGAGUUGGUCUGACAACAUUAGAGUCAGCAAGCGGCUAAUUAUUUUAUUGUGAUGUUUCCCGACCCGCGCCAAUUCCUCACCUAGUGCUUCCUACAGCAUCGCAAAUCAAAUUAAAAUUCGAAAAAAGGUGGCCUAUGUUUUUACCGAAAACAAAAAGUGUUGUGUUGAAUGCGUUAUUGUUUCCAAGCUCUAUGCGAAAGUCUAAAAAAUGUGAUUUGAAAUAAGCUUAGAUGAAUUAAAGGUGCUUAUUUUACGAUACUAAUAAAAUUGAACCGCAUAUGAAAAAGAAGUUGUGUUUGAUGACACAAUAAUUGGAUUACGGUUAUGUGCUGUACUGAGGAUAAAAAAUUGAGAUAACUCAAAACUCACCUAUUGGAACACACACAACGAUUUCGAUAAAGGAGACUUAUUUUCAUUGCUGCUGAUAAAACCGCAGACCUGUUAUCCAAAUAUCAAUUGGGAUAACCACAAUUGAGUUGCACCUCACAGGAAGGAAAACGCAAUCUUUCAAUCGAGUGAAACUUUUCGGCGCCAAUUUUCAAUGCAGUCAGCUUUGCCUCGAAGGACGUGUGAACGCUAACCUUCGCCAAAUCGUCUUCCGUGCCGGCCAUCCGCAAACCGCAAACAGUUUUCCGAUGAGUCAGUACAACUCAUACAAAUUUGAUGACACUGCCUGCCUGUCUAGUGGACCUAGACCACCCGUACCAGGAAAAGAAAGUCGUCGUAAGAUGACGGACAACCUGAAUACGGAAAAAUCCCGCGACUCGCCACCGAACUACUGUCGGUGGUCGCAGAAGCUAUCGAGCCUGCUGGAAGAUGUGGACGGUGCGGAACUGUUCAAGCGUUUCGUCGAGCUGCAGGGGGAUGAACACUCGAACCAGCUCAACUUUUACUUCGCCUGCGAGGGUCUGAAGCAGCAGCGGGACAACGACAAAAUGACCCAGCUGAUCGGUGCAAUAUACAAGCGUUUUUUAAAGCGGGCCCCACGCGGCUCGAAGCUUCAUGUUAGCGAUCAGAUGCGCAACAUGAUCAAAGCUGGGCUGAAAAAUGAGAUCGUUCUGGCUCCGGACAUCUUUGAUCAGAUGCAGGCUGAUGUGGCGGCGGUCAUUAGCAGUACGACCUAUCCUAACUUUCUGCAGUCCGAUUUGUUCAUACAGUAUAUUCAAAAUAUGCAAACGAGCAGCGGCAGCGGAAGCGGGGCACCCAGCUGUGUCGGAGUACCGUUGGGAAUAUCAGGAACUUCCACCGGUACGAUGUCAUCGAUGACGAACAGUAGCUCUAUGUCGGAACUGGUGAUGCAUAGUUCCGCUGCUUUGCCAACGCUCCACGAAGAUUCCGAACUAGUCAACGCCGAUUCGAUCGAACAGCUGUACGGGGCUCUUGGGCCUGGUAUCGCCGGCAGUAGCAUAUCCGUUUCCUCUAGCGUCAGUGGAGCUGGUAGUGGCACUUUGCCCGCCGGGAAACCGGCAAUGACGCUGACCAAGGAUGCGCUUAUGGCUACACAGAAGAGACGUCUCGAGAUGAGACCACCCGGAGCACACGGAUAUUCUGUGUAUAUGAACUAUGCAUCCUAUAACCCGGUCUCCCGCCGUGACUCGGAACUGGCCAGUCUCAGUUCGGGUAGAACAGAGUCCGACAAGAUGCCACCACCGGCCAUGUACCACGACGGUCAGUCUCACACGCAACGAAGGCACCAAUCCCGGCAGCAUUCGGCACUCGAGCAAAGACAAAUCAACGAGAACGUUAUUUUUAACGACAAUCUUAAGCAUAUACCUCGAAGUCAGCGCGUGCAUCCGAAAGUGCUAUCUACUGAACAGUUUCAAACUGAACUAAUGCAGAAACUGCUGGCAGUACAGCAGGCACAGGAGAAAGAAGGUGAAGUCAUCAGAAAGGUUCGAGAGAUUGACCAAAUAGACAAGAACCAGAGUAACCGAUCAUUUGCGGAUGCCAUUCGACAGAAGCUUCAAGUGGAAGACGAUAAUGAUCAGGAUAUCCUAGAUAAACAUGUGUCCAGGGUAUGGUCGGAUCUUACGCCCAGUCGAUCGCCAGACAUUAUGUCACCCUGUCCUAACAUUAACCGCACGCGGCGUUACGAGUUAGCAAGUUUCGCUAGUGGAUCGAUUAGUGCACAAUCGUCAAUGCGACAUUCGAAGUCAAUGCCAGAAGGUCACCCCUUGAGUAUGGCUGGUCCUGCUGCACCACCUUUGCCUCGAAACAAACCGUUGAACAACAAAUGGCCUUCGGUUUAUACCGACAGUGGGAUCAGCUUGCUGUCGACGGAUACCCUAAGCAAGUAUAGCAGCAAGGAUAUGCCGCCCAACAUGAGUACAAACAGUUCGCGACCACUUUCCCGAACGAUGCACGCCGACAUGUCGAUCGGAAACACCACCCACCUAUUGCAGGAGUCCAGCAGGCGGCUGGACGACGAAGCGAGAAGAUCGAAACGACAUCAGCACCCGCUACCGCCUCUGCCAUUGCCACCAGCUGCCACCUCCAGUUCACUAGUGCCACCACCAAUACCUGCCAAACCACAGAGCUCAACGGCAACGGAAUUCACCGUCGUAGUUUACUUGUUCUGCGACGAAGAGGUACCGUACCGGAUAAAAAUCCCCGGUAGCCAUCCGCCUACGCUCAAGCAGUUCAAGGACUAUCUACCCAAAAAGGGAAACUAUCGAUUUUUCUUCAAAACUCGCUGCGACGAUUUGGAUAGUCCGGUGAUCCAGGAGGAGAUCAGCAACGACAACGAAGUGCUACCCCUGUUCGAGGGUAAAGUGAUGGGAACGGUCAAACCGUUGGACUAACUCGUGACUCGGGACACUAUCAGAAAGGUAUACUGUGCUACGAUGUCACGUUUAACCACUGAGGCUUGGUGGCCUAUAGAAAGAAGCAUUUGGCCAAGCGUUGAGCGUUUCUUCCAUUACACAGUUCUGCGCUCUUUUUUUUCGGCUGGUAUUCGGUGAUGCCAAUUCAAUGUAACGAUAUUCUUAUGUUCCGAACGCUUCUUCGCUGGUGAAAUUUAAUUGUAAAAAUUUUAACGAACGCUCAGACUUGUUUAUGACGAAAAUCUUUAAAAUCGCUUGGAAAUAUGUAACAGUUAAAGUGCCUUGGUAAAAGUUAAAAACUACCCUAAUGUAAACAAAUCUGAAAUGGACAAUGGGAGGAAGGUGUUGUUCAGCAGUGUGCAUGAAACAUUUUUAAUGAAACAGAAGGUGCACCUAGCAAGUGGAAAGCAUCUCCGCAUUUCCAUUGGUACUGAUUUAUAUCAAAACGUCAACUACGAUUGCCAUGCGGUAUCGAAACAAAAAAAUAAACGAGAGCUGACCAAAAUAGGAUGUAUAAAAAAAGAAUGUCGCAGAAAUAGCAAUAUAUAUCUUUCAAAUAACGGAGAGAAUUGGAGUCUAACAGUAUUUUUCCUGUAAUUUAGUAACGUUAUUUUUAGACGAAGAACACGGCUCGAAAAGUCGUGCUGUAUGCAAUAAUUUACACAUUUAUUUAUUUUAUGUCCAAUGAAAUUGCCUUCCCAUCGUGACAAACGCGACCUGAACUUGGCCACCCGUCAAGCUCAUGCUCCACAAUCUAAGUCGACAUUUUAGCAAACUGUUAUGUUCUUGCUCGCAGUUGAAUCCAGUGUAUAGACAAUAACUGUGCCGAUUGAUAGCAGAGACAACAUGAGAUCUGCAUUCUCAUGGUCUCACCAUGUUCUCCUCUUCUGUCCUAAUAAGGAAGGAACGUUGAUACGUUGGAAAGAUAAGACUCAUUUGGAUAGGAUAAGGCGUUAACGAUAACUGAAUUAGUGGUUCGAAUUAUCCAAAUUGAACAUUUCUCAGAGCAUCCUUACACAGCCUUACGUUGCAUACAUGAUUGUUUAAUUCUUUCGCAUAUAGUGAACGUGUCUAUCUUGCGGUUCAGAGGAACAGCAAAAAAGGUUGAAUCGUGGUUGCGAGAAAUAUUUAGAAGCUUAUACCCAUAUUACGAUAGGCAAGUAAUGAAAGCUAUUAUAAC